AUGAAUAUACAGGUAAGAAGAAUCGACACUUCAAAGAGCACGAAAUGUUUGUGUCUGACACACACCGUAUCCAGUAUAAUUGGUCGAAUUGGUGUGGUAAUUAGUCGAUAUCCCCUUUAUUUCGUCAUUGUUCCUAUCAUUGUCUCCAGUUUAUUAUCAAUUGGGAUAAUAAAAAUUCUAACCAACGACGACAACGAGUGUCUCUUAGGUGCGGACAGGGGUAACGUUUUUCAUGCCAAACAAUUUAUAGAAAAGACAUUCCCUAUGAAUUCGGGAAGUUUCGAUUUUUUACGACUUACUAAACGUCCGCUUUUUCCAAUGAUCUACAUAGUAUAUAACAGAGAAAGCAACAUUUUACGGAAAGAAUUCUUAGAGGAAAUACAAAUUGUAGAUAAGGUUGCAAAAAACACCACAGCUUUCGUAGAUGGAAAGAUUAUUGGUUACUCUGACGUGUGCCAGAUUGUAGAUGGCAAGUGUUUAGAAAAUACUCUCAUUAAUCUGCUAAACGACUCCGAAAAUGCUAUUCAUGAAUUAUUAAAUAUGAAGUAUCCCGUUAAUAUGGAUCCUCUAACAUACGCGUACAAAAUCCUUUGUCUGAAUUUAGGGGGGGUAAAGACAGACGACAAAGGAUACAUAAUUGAAGCAAAAGCCAUUCGUUUAUACUAUGUACUAGAUGAAUCGAAUGCAAGUAAAAAAAAGUGGAAUGAAGAGUGGACAAAGGCAGUUUACAACAAGCUAAGAGAUUAUACUUUCCAGCAUAUUAAAACAUUUCCCGAUCCAUUCGCAUCUACUGAUUAUCAAGUAAAACGCAUUUCACAGGAAUUAGUGUUCUUGAUAAGCGUGGCUGUGGUCGUAGUGGCCAUUUUCUCCAUCUCCACAAACAUGACUAACAAUUGGGUGAAGUCCAAACCCUGGUUAGGUGUAGCUAGUGUCAUAUCCGCCGGUUUGGCUGUGGCUACCGCUUUUGGAUUAUUAUCCGCCUGUGGAGUAGAAAAUCUUCGGUGGAACGUCUGCCUUCCUUUCAUUAUUCUCGCUACGGAAGUGGACGACUCGUUUGUCGUAUUGGCUUGCUGGAAGGUAACAGAUUGCAAUGGCAGCGUAGAAAAUCGAAUGGAACAGACGUAUCGCAACGCUGCAGUGUCCAUCACCAUAACGUCUCUAACGAAUUUCUUCUCCUAUUGCAUUGCCAUGACGUCACCAUUCCCGGGUGUAAGAAUAUUCUGUUUGUAUGCCGCAACGUGCAUCUUCUUCAGUUAUUUCUUUCAGUUGUUUUUCUUCGGCGGAUGUCUGGCAUUAAGUGGAUACAGGGAAGAGAAGGGUCUUCAUCCUUUUACAUUUAAACCAGCUUUUGGAACAGAAAUGAACAAUAUUGAAGAUUUAAAUAAGUUCAAAGACAGAAAUCGAAAAGUACAAGAAACGUUAAGAGAGACAUUACCACAUGAAUUAUCCAAUCCAGAUCGGAAUGCCAUUCAAGAUAAUUCGACAAAUUUUAUCUGUUUGACAGAUAGUAGCGAAGGUUUCAGAAUCAUCGUCGGUCUGGUGACAAUUGUAGGAAUAACAACAAGCUUAUUUGUUCACAUUUUCCGCUGUUUGAAAUUACGAAACACGGAGACCUGUCAAGAAUCGAUCUACAAAGUAAAAAUUGAAUCUACGAGAAUUGGUAUAUGGGGUGUUAUGUCCUUACAGGAAGGACUGAAUGUUUACAAAUUCAAUUCAGAAAGCUCCGAAAUUACACAGGGAUUUCACGUUUUCUAUAAAUAUUUUACCCAAUACCCCUUUACGGUGCACGUCGUAAUUAACGAAACUUUAGAUUAUUCUAAUCCACAAGUCCAAGAGUCAGUUAAUGCCUUAAUGCAGAAAUUUCACACUAUUGAAAAUAUAGCCGGAUACGAGUACGAAUUUUCUUGGUUAAAAUAUUAUAAGAUUACACAGUUGACACAUACAGAGAGAGGAGACGAUGAACUUCUAGAUGGUCAGUUGAGGGUGAUCAUAGAUUGCAGAGUGGGACUAGUCGAGCUUCCUGAUACCUGUAGCAAAACUUUUUAUCGCUGA